AUGAUGGAUACGUAUGCCCCAGUCCUCAGCAGGAGGUCAAACAGAUGGACCAAACUGCUUCAGGAGAAACCACGUCUUGAGAAGAAUGUGACAGUAAAGAGAUAUGUGCGAAAAGGUGUGCCUAAUGAGCAUCGUGGCACUAUCUGGAUGGCAGCAAGUGGUGCCCGGGAAAAACAAGAAAGUAAUGAAGGGUAUUAUCAGUCUCUUCUGGCAGCUGAGCAUGACAGUAAACUUAAGGAGACUAUUCACACAGACAUGCAUCGAACCUUCCCUGAUAACAUUCUUUUUAAGACCCAAGCAGAGUCAUGCUUGCAAAAAGCACUGUUCAAUGUGUUGGUGGCAUACGGACAUCACAAUAAAGAUGUAGGAUACUGUCAAGGAAUGAAUUUCAUUGCGGGUUAUCUGAUUUUAAUCACCAAAGAUGAAGAGAAAUCCUUCUGGCUUUUGGAGGCUCUGUUGGACAAAAUCCUUCCAGACUACUACAGCCCUUCCAUGUUGGGACUGAAGACUGACCAGGCGGUUCUUGGUGAACUUGUGAGAGCCAAAGCUCCAGCAGUGGGCCAGCUUAUGGACCAGUAUCCUGGCAUAUGGACGCUUGUAGUCUCCCGUUGGUUCAUUUGCCUUUACAUCGACAUUCUUCCCAUAGAGACAGUGCUACGAAUUUGGGACUGUCUAUUUUAUGAAGGCUCCAAGGUGCUUUUCCGUGUGGCUCUGACCCUGAUCAUUCACCAUCAGCCUGAAAUCCUGAGAGCCCGUUCUCUGCCUGAUGUGUGCGAGUGUUUCAAACAAAUAACCAAGGGAGUUUUCACUUUAGAGUGCCACACCUUCAUGCAGAAAAUAUUUACUGAACCUGGAAACCUUUCUAAACUAACCAUUGAGAAAUUAAGAGAAAAAUUUAGAAAACAGGAUACAGAAACGUCUCAUAGGCCAUAA